AUGGAGCAUAAAUUGGUAUCGAUUCGAGAGAAAAUUGAUCAGUUCCCUAUGAAAGAUGUUUUCAAUAUGGAUGAAACUGAGUUGUUUUAUAGGCUACAAGCUGAUCAUUCACUGGCAAUAAAACAACUUGAAGGAAGAAAACAAGAUAAAGAAAGGCUGACGGUAGUUAUUUGUUGCAAUGAAGAUGGCUCUGAAAAAAUCCCUCUAUGGAUUAUUGGGAAAUAUGCAAAGCCUCGUUGCUUCAAGAAUGUCAACAUGAAUAGCUUGGAUUGUCAGUAUCGAGCUAACAAAAAAGCAUGGAUGACUAGUGUGCUUUUUGAUGAAUAUGUUCGUUCAUUUGACCAAAUGAUGCAUGGUAGAAGAGUUCUACUUGUGGUGGAUAAUUGUCCAGCACAUCCAAGAAAUAUUGAAGGGCUAAGAAACGUUGAGUUGUUCUUCUUGCCACCCAACAUGACAUCAAAGAUUCAACCUUGCGAUGCUGGGAUAAUAAGAGCUUUCAAGAUGCAUUACCAUAUAAGGUUUUACCGCAAAAUAUUGGAAGGUUAUGAGGUGGGACAAACUGAUCCAGGGAAGAUAAAUGUCCUUGAUGCUAUCAAUUUGGCAAUCCCAGCUUGGACGAUGGAUGUUCGAAAAGAAACAAUAGCGAAUUGCUUCCGACACUGUAAAAUUCGUUCAGCUAGUGACGUUGUAGGAAAUUUGGAUGAAUCCACUUUUGAUGAAGAAACUCAAGACCUCCAGACUAUGAUCAAUCAAUGUGGCUAUCGUAAUAAGAUGGAUAUCGACAAUCUAAUGAACUACCCAGGUGAAAAUGAAGCAUGUUCGGAGGUUCAGAGUUUAGAAGAUAUUGUGCGUACUAUCAUUGAGAACAAUGCAGAGGAUGACGACAAAGAUGAUACGGUGUCUUUGGAGCCUGUUACGCGAAAGGAAGCACUUAUGGCGUCGAACACUCUUCACAACUUUAUGAUACAAUACAAAAAUACAACACCUCAGCUAUUGGAUGCAAUAAGAAAAGAAUCAAGUAUAAGGCAGAGAGGACAGAUAUUCAAAAGUAAAGAAAGCAUAUCACUUUUUGGUAGAUUGUAA